AUGUCUGCUGAAUGGAGGGACAAAGAGAUGGAUGAGUUAAGGGCUCAUCAUGCAGAGAUUGACAAUCGUAGUCAGCAAGCUACUAUGUUGAUACGAAAAGCCUACCAAACUGUCGGGCAACAACCCUCGAAUGUCAUCCCCUUGGGUGAAACAGACGAAGAUCCAGCGAUGAAUACUUCCAAGACUAUAAAUGGAAAAGUCAUACCUGAUAAUUCCAAACAGGCUAACGGUGCCAUUCCACCUGUCAAUAUAGCCAAUCAAUCACUAAGACAGCCAGGCGCUUCUGUAUUCAAUAGGUUGGGGACAACUCAUGAUCUCAGAAAUGAUCUAAAGAGAAGGAGAGGAGUAGACAAUCAGCUUGGCACGCCGAUCGUGCAGCCCGAAACCCAUGCUCAAAUUCCCGCUCAGAACGAUUCUGACGUGACUCAGAUCGGCCAAAAUGCCAAACAGAUGGCGACAAUUGAUAAGUCUUGGACCAAAAUCAGAAAUCGCGGUUGCCAUGAAUUUUGGAAUGGUUUACAAGCCUUUUUAGCAAUGGCAUCAGAACAUAAGGAUUGUGAUGGAAGAAUUCGUUGUCCUUGUGUGAGAUGUAUAAAUAGUAGGUUUGAAAAAAUAGAUAGGGUUAGAGCACACGUAUUUGAUCGAGGUUUCAUGCAAGGAUAUGAUAAGUGGAUUUAUCACGGCGAGCCUGAGGAUGUUGUCGAUGAUGUAGCAGUUGCCGAUAUUGAAUCAGAGGAUGAAAUGAUACCUAUUCUAGAAGACUUCUUUCCCCCAACAACAGAGGAUGUACAAGGAGAAGAUGAACAACCGACCACAAACCCUCAGUUUGAUGACUUGUUUGAGGAAAUUGAAGCUGAAUUGUAUCCCGGAUGUGAUUGGAUUUCGUCUCUCAACUUUUUAGCAAAGCUAUUGCAUUUAAAAGUUAGGGGAAAAAUUCCUAAUAACAUCUUUGAAGAAUUAUUGAAGCUUUUAAAGUUUGCGUUUCCGAAGGAAAAUAAUAUUCCAUCAACUUACUACGAGGCAAAAAAGAGAUUGAAGAAAUUAGGCUUGGGUUAUGAUAAUAUCGAUGUCUGUUUGUAUAAUUGUUGCUUAUUUUAUAAGGAGAAUGCAUCCAAGGAGGUUUGUCCAGUUUGCAGAACUAGUCGUUGGGUUACUUCCGAGAACGGGAAAGGAAAAAAAGUUCCUUGCAAAGUCAUGCGAUACUUUCCGUUGACACCUCGACUUAAAAGAUUAUAUAGUUCGAGGAUUACAGCGAAAAGCAUGAUAUGGCAUCAUACUGGAAAAUCAAAAGAUGAUGGGGUGUUGCGACACCCGGUCGAUGGUUUAGCUUGGAAAGACUUUGAUGCAAAACAUUCCGAGUUUGCAAGGGACCCAAGAAAUGUUCGACUUGGGUUAGCUGCUGAUGGAUUUAAUCCAUUUGGCAACAUGAGUCUUACAUACAGCAUGUGGCCAGUGGUGGUAGCUAACUAUAAUCUACCACCUUGGUUAUGUAUGAAAGAUAAUUAUUUUUUGCUAUCUACCCUAAUUCCUGGUGCAAAAUGUCCAGGUAAAGACAUGGAUAUAUUUUUAAGACCUUUGGUGGAUGAAUUAAAGGAGUUGUGGAAUAAUGGGGUAGCAACGAGAGAUAGUUCGACCAACUCGAUGUUCACCAUGCGUGCUGCGCUUUUGUGGACAGUGAAUGAUUUUCCUGCUCGUAGUAGCUUGUCUGGGUGGAGUGGUCAAGGUUAUAAAGCUUGCCCUACUUGUAAUGAAGACACGACGUCCAUUCGAGUGAUCGGGAAGACAUCAUAUGUUGGUCAUCGAAGGUUCUUGCCAAGUAACCAUGCAAUGAGAAGGGAUACUCGAUUUGAUGGUAAAGUUGAAAGAAGACCUCCUCCAAGAUGA